AUGAUUAACGACAGUCUGCAUCCAUACAAGAAACUGGAAUUUAUCUAUCUACGUGACAAUUUCAUCUAUCUAAUCGAAGAGGCAGCCUUUGCCAAUCAGCCUUACCUGCAGGUGCUGGAUCUCAGGAACAACCAUAUCAAAUUUCUGCCCAAAGUCUCUUCCAAUUACGUAUUAUCAUACGCUCUAUCUCGGCCACAACAGCUCUACAAUUCCAUGUUCAAAGUGAAUGUCACCUCGCCUCUCAGAAUACUGCAGCUGUCCGAUAACAGACUAAACGUGAUCCCGAACAUAGGACUCCAGCCGACCCUAAUUAAUCUGAAUCUGUCCGACAACGAAAUCACCUCGAUCAGCACCGAGGAUCUGGCGCCGUUCUGCUCGCUAAAUGAUCUCGAUCUGACCUGGAAUGAUAUCAAAUUCAACGCGGGCAGCUGCGAUUGUCAGACGUUUAAUGCCUGGGUAAAGCUGCGGCAGAUCAAGAUGAAGUCCAAACUUUACAAAUGCACCAAUUCAUCGGCUCUAAACAAGACCUGCGCCAACGUGAGUUUCAGCAAUCGGACGUACGAACUGUUUAACGAGUGUUUGGCCAUGAUACAGCAGAAGAUGGAGCCCGAGAAACCUCGAUCGGUUUGGUUAAUCUUCGCCCAGUGUGUCUCAGUAUUCCUCUUCAUCGUCUUUGUGACGUUGUUUUGCGUGUACAAUUGGAAUCGUAAACAGCGCAGGAAACAACAAGAGCAGCUAACGAUGAUCUACAACACCGAGCUGAACACCGAGCUGCUCCAACAGCAACCUGACGAUAAUUAG